AUGCGUUACUGUGUGUUGCAGAAUCUCUUGGAUCGACUGGCUGCCCCAGUCGUCAAGAAUUUAGUGGUUGCUCGAACUGAUGGUGCAACUCCGCUCGUCGUAGCCUGCCGAAAUGGUCACUUUGACGUAGCGCAGUACCUGCUUGACAAGUGCAACGCAGAUUUGGAGCAAACGGGAUCUGUGACUUUUGAUGGGGAGACGAUCGAAGGAGCUCCUCCGCUCUGGUGCGCAUCGGCUGCCGGAAACCUAGACAUCGUGAAGCUCCUCAUAUCACGCGGGGCCAACGUGAAUGCCACCACCAAGACGAACUCGACACCGCUCAGGGCAGCUUGUUUCGACGGACAUUUCUCUAUCGUCAAAUACCUGAUCAAGCAACACGCUGACAUCGAAAUCGCCAACCGACAUGGACACACUUGCUUGAUGAUCGCAUGUUACAAAGGACAUUACGAUAUCGCCAAGUACUUGUUGCAGCUUGGGGCAAACGUGAAUAGAAAAAGCGUCAAGGGCAACACGGCUCUGCAUGAUUGUGCCGAGUCCGGAAGUCUGCUUAUCAUGAUGUUGCUGCUGAGACAUGGUGCAACUAUUGACGUCGAUUCGUAUGGGAUGACGCCGUUGUUGGCUGCUGCGGUAACGGGACAUUCCCACAUUGUUGAUUACCUAAUCGGCAUGGAUUUCAUAAGUCCACGCGAAAGAAUCGAGGCCAUGGAACUUUUGGGAGCCACAUUCAUGGACAAAAAAAGGGAUAUGUUGGGUGCAGCGAGCCUGUGGAAGCGAGCUCUCCAAGAACGAAAGCUAGUGAACCUGCCAAAGCCUCCGACUCAGUCUCCAAUAGCUGCUUUUGGCGGCGCAACAGAGAUUAAUUCCGAGGCUGACCUAGAAGACGUGAUGUCGGAUCCCGACGCAAUGCGCAUUCAAGCUUUGAUCAUCCGUGAGCGGAUCCUAGGACCUGCGCAUCCCGAUACUUCGUACUUCAUCCGGUACCGUGGGGCUGUUUAUGCCGAUGCUGGAAACAUCCCGAAGUGCAUCACAUUGUGGUUAUAUGCCUUGCGCAUGCAGCAAGAAAUUCUUGAACCCCUGUCCCUAAUGACGCAGUCGUCAUUGUCGUCCUUCGCCGAGCUGUUCUCGUAUAUUCUUUCCAAAAGAAUCAGCGCGAGCGUCCCGAUGUUUGUACCGGACCUUAUCGUCGUGUUCGAACAAGCACUGGCAGAAUGGAAACGAGGCAACGAACAUGUGCAGGCCCGCAAGGCGCAUAAUUUCGAUGUGGACAAGGAAACGGCGGGAUUAACGUUCAUGGAAAUAUACGAACAGUCGAAGAGCGAACCCUCAACAGUUCAGGCACCGCCGUUGUACGCGGGAAACGUCCCCAUGGUCCUCGAAAUUGAAGACCAAGCUCAGAACGGAAUGGAAGAAGAAGAAGUUGGAGACCCCGUCACCCAAGUGAAACCGCUGCAAUACGUGACACUGCAAUGCCUGGCAGCAAGAGCCAUUAAUCGACAUAAGGUUCCCUUUGACCACAGAUCACUUCCCUUACAUCUCAUAGCCAUGGUUGUGUCACACGGCUACUGAGCUCAGUGGUAAGCCGAAUUAUCUAAUGAUGGAGUGUGUGAUCAUGUGGAUUCAAUCCGAUAUAUGGUGAGACCUGAUCUUUAAUUCACGUAGCCUGCUUCGCUCCUAAAUGUGCUGACGGAUUCAAUUUUGUGAAAUCUGGCCUAAGCGUUUUAUUGAGUUGGGCAUAACAGCUGACCGGCAUUAUUGGCUGAAAGUAAUCCCCCGAAAAUUUUUGGGAUUGUAAACUGCAAUUACCUGAAUAAGUCUUCUCAUUCGUUAAUUAUUGGAUUCCAUUGGAAACGGCGUUGCGGAUAUAAUGAAGUCUUUGUAAAGCUCCUGAAUUGGUCAAGUCAUUGAACGAUGAGGUUUGCGUUGUUGGCGAAGCUCUGUUAUUGAAAUAGCGAAUUGAUUGAAUGAGGCAUACUGUGUUGGAAUAUGGCCGAAAUGCUUCGGUUCGAUCUUUGUGGUGUCAAUGCAGGGUAAUGAAUUUUUGUUGGAUUUCAGUCGAUUUUUUUUUUCACUUUCGCGAUUAUUUCGUUUCAAAGGCUACACUGUAUUUCUUGUCAUGUCUGGGUUAUAUCCGGCUUGCUUGAUGCGCAUUCGAAUUGGCUUUCGAUAAAUGAUGGUGACGUUUUCA